AAAGGAAAGUGCCAUAAUUAAUGCUACUUUCAUUGUUUUGAGUGGAGCUUCUCAAAUGUUUAUUUUUUCCCUGCUUUGAUUCAUUCUUAUUAAAGUGCUCUUGCAUUUGUCUAUGUUCUUGCUCUUCUUCUUUUUGUUUAGUGAUUUUCAUUUAGUGAAUCUCUUCCUUGAUCUGUUGAUGCGGUUUUGGAGAUUAUGUUUUCGAUCAGGUUGUUGCCCCUGUUUGAGAAACUUGUGCUCAAGCACUAGGUGCCACACUAAGUACAUGCAUCCUUCACUAGUUCAUGAAACACUGAAUAUCUUACUAAAGAUGCAAGUAAUGAUUAUGAAGGAACUGACAAGAAUGGGAAAUUCGUCAUGGAACCCUUUUGGGGAUCAAAUAUUUGGUUGUUGUUCAAAGGUCAUGGAAAAAGGGAUCUCCACUUUUAGUGGAGCUAAAUUAGAGUCUGUUGCUUCCUCAAAGCGAGGCUACACUUGCUGGGACUCAGUACAAUGUACCCCUCAUCAAAUCCCUUGUGCUUUACUUAGGCAUGCAGGCUAUCUACACCACUCCCGUGGAUGAAUUUUCAGUCAGUCCUACCACGGACAUUUUCCAGGUCAUGAUAACGAAUUUGGAUCCAAAAGGGCGCUACCUUUUCCUAACUUCAGUUGCCAACCAAUUACGUUACCCAAGAAGCCAUACCUUCUACUUCUCCUUAGUCCUCUAUUUGUUGUCAGAAGCAAGCCAGGUGAGGACUUGCUGUGUUUAUAAUUCAACUUAUGCUCAGUUAAAUUCAGUAGGAAGGAUGUAGAAUACUUAGUUCGCUAUUGUUAUGCAAACUGCAGGAGCUAUCAUCAUGUUUCAUAAUUAACAAAAUUGUCCGAAGUAAAUGUCAAUUUUAGUAUUAUUAUCAGUUUGCUAUUUCGAUUGGGAAAUGAUAUCCACAUUUUUAAAAAUGCAUGCACCUUUUCUUCGACCUUUUCUCAAGAAAUACAUGGACAAGAAGCUUCAAAUUAAGCUAAACGCGAACAGG